GAGCUCCCGACACCCAACGGGAUCGACAAGGAAGAUGCCAACAACGGACAACUGUCCCUUGUUUUCCGCCGCCAGCACCAGCGCUGGCGGCCAGGAUCCUCUGCAAGUCUGCAACAACCGGAAUAUAUCAACACCAAUAUUGCGACACCGAUAUCCACAACUAUUAUACCACCUCCCCCUAUACCAACCGUCACAUGGCUAUGCAAGCCAAGAUGUGUUGCCUCACUGGCGCCCUCAAGUCCUUCCUCCUCCCCAACGAGCCCUCCUCGCCGUCUCUCGAGCUCUCCCCACUCCCCUCACUCGCCUAGCGCCCCAUACCCCAGCAACACAUGGAGUACCGUAUGCAUGGUGGAGCCAACACCGAAGACGCCAACCGCCUAUUGUCCACCACCACCCACCAUCUGGGUAUCCGCUCCAAGAUAUUGAGCAAGCUUCACAAGCUCCACCAUCUCCUCCUCCAUCAAGGCCAGAAGCCGAAGGUGAAUUCGAUCGCGAUCCCAAGGAUCGUACUAACCAGACUAGACGGCACGAACAUCGCCGAGCCGACUGAGGAGCCCAUGCCGCAGCGCAGGUCACACCCGGUCGGUGCGGUCGAUGCUUCCGAGAAGUCGCUUGCUCGCGAUGGUGGUGCUAGUGGUGCUGGACAAUUGCUGUUUCCGACGUGGCACCCGGCCGGAGCCGUCAAGGCUCCCGAGGAGACCAGCGCUCCCGAGGGGACCGACGCUUCCGAGGGCACCAGCUCUCGUGGUGAAGAUACCCGCGAGAAAUUGUCUCGCGAAGAUGGAAAUAUUUCCAUCAGUUCGGUCCGAGGACCGAGCGCCCGACACCCAACGGGACCCAUAAAGAGGACUACAAGGGACGACUGUCCCUUGUUUUCCGCCGCCGCCGGUGCUGGAAACCAAUCUUCUCUGCUAUCUCACACCACACACCAGACGGGCAUUCGCCCCGUGGUGUUGGUACAUCCGUUCUUCUCACGCAUCCGGAUAAGGCCAAUGGCCGCCUAUCUGACGGUCAUCAUCUCAUUCCGGGUGUGGGUACGCAUGUUGCACUCUUGAGUGGGCUUGAAGUACAGUACGCCUUCGCCACUCGGCCGGCAGUCAAGUCCCUCACGAUUCGGAUCCUCGCUAGAGGUCCGAAGGCAGAAAAACUGGGAGCCGAAGAGGGAAUUAUUUCCCUCGGCUCGGGCCCGAAAAUCG